AUGCGCGAUUUCUAUCAUGUGGCCAAGCUAGAAAACUCGACCCUUCCCAGUAUCCUCGGCCUCACAGCCUCAGUUGAUGUGGCUAAAAUUCCGAAGCUUGAACAAAACCUGGACGCAGCCUGUCGAGCGCCAUCACUACAGCGUGAAGAACUGACGGAGUAUGUCCCUCACCGGAAUCUCACUAGAAUUUCCUACAACCAAAUUUGCGAUGGCAUGGUAAGCUCUCCAGCUUUUCUGGACACACUGGAAAAGGUGGUCAUGGAGUUGCGUGAACACAGCAAAAGCGAAGUCUAUAUCCCUAGCGAACUUUUCAAGGUCCCCUCGAAAGCGCGGGCUAUUUGGCAUCACUUAGGAGCAUGGGCUUUACAACACUUCUUGACAAAAACCCUUCAACAGUUCGUCCAGCACAUUACUAAACACAAAACUGUUUCGUCUGUUCGGUCAUAUAAUCACAGAUUUACGGCUUUGAGAACCGUACUGAACAGUAUUGUGGACGGGCCCGUUAUCAGCCUACAGUUGCCUAGCAGCAUUUCGAAUAAAGUGUCACAACUCCUAUCAUUUCUGAAAGAAAAGAAUCACUCGGACUUUUCGGGUAUCGUUUUCGUUCGAGAAAGGGUAACCGCUCAUCUUCUAUCCGCGCUACUUGGUGCUCACCCAUGGACUCGAAAUACGUUCCGAUGCGCGCCCUGUGUCAGCAGCUCUGUCCGAUCUGAAUCUUGGGCCAAACAAGACGCUUCAUCUGUUGAAAUGAAUGAGGACGUGGUGCUGAAUUUCCGGAGUGGCUUGAAAAAUCUGAUCAUUGCUACCAGCGUGCUAGAAGAAGGUAUUGAUCUCCCAGCGUGCCACCUUGUCAUUUCUUUUGACCCUCCAGACAAUAUCACAUCUUUUAUCCAGCGCCGAGGUCGAGCACGACAGGGCGUUUCGGAAUUUGUUGUGAUGAAAGCAGCAGAUGAUGAGUUCAUUACCGCGUCUUCAAAGCAAUAUGGCGACCUUGAAAGGCAAAUGCAAGAUAUAUGUCUGGACCACCAGCGAAGCUAUCAGGUGCCAGAGAUAAACGACAAACAAUUAGACGAGGUCUUUCUCCAACUGCGAUUGGACACGGGUGCCCUGUUGACCAGCGAAAACGCCAUAUCCCAUCUGUAUCAUUUCUGCGCAACCCUGCGAGGUGAACCGCCUAGCGAAACCCAUCCCACGUUCUCGUACAAGAAGAACAGUGAGGGACGGACACGAUCAACAGUUUAUCUGCCGAGCGGCAUCGACCGUUCUUUACGGAUUGUGAAUGGCCACCAUUGGUGGGGAACCAAGCAGUCAGCCCGAGAGGAUGCCGCCUUCCAGGCCGUGCGUGCCUUGCAUGGUCACAAACUCAUAGAUGAUCAUCUUCUUCCUUUGUUUUCGGACGACCCAUGGACCAGUGAGAUUCAAGAAAAUGAUAUUCUCGCGGAGCUUCCCGAUGGAGAAAAUCUGAUUAACUUCUGGAAAGGCAUUCCGGGGCUUUGGACAGAGAGAAAACUGUACAAGUGCCGCAUCAACUUCGCCACAAACGGGGAGGACCGGCCAGAACUUGCAAUGGCGCUCUUUACGCCUGUCAAGCUACCUGUGAAUAGCGACCUAGAUCUUUACUGGGAUAAACAAACCCCAUUCACCGUUACCUUGCAGCCUCUCAAUACCGAGACUGCUAUUUCACCGUCCUCCAGAUACCUUCUGCGGGAGGUCACGACGCUACUCUUCCAAUCGACGCGCGCAAGUCUUGCACAGGAACAGUAUCCAGAGUUUUUGCCUUUUUUCACCCCGGAUCUUCCUUUGCAAGAUUUGAAAAACUGGCUCAGUGUCAAUCAAGGGUCUAUCACCAUUGGUGGGGGCCAAACUAAAGUUCCGAUUCUUGCCCCCUCCGGCUUUAUCCGCAGCCCUAGCCUUUAUUUUGUCCCACACAUUUUUGUGAGAUGGAUUCAAGGGCUAGAUCCCAAGGAGCUGUUUGUUGAGUGCCGCAAAUUUAGAAAGAGAAAGAACCUCCUUCAGCGAGCUCCGUUAUCUUCCAGAACCUUGAACGAAGCCGAAUCCUCCAAAACAACCCGCGUAGCGGCCGCGGAAUGCAUCCUUGACUCCCUGCCCUGGGAACUGGGUCAAGCCAGCCUCGCGAUUCCGCCAAUCAUACAACUUCUGCAUCGACAUCUCAUGGCAAAUGAAAUACAAACCAAGAUGUUUAAAGAUCUACCUGUGAUCGACUCAAGCUAUCUCCAAGAAGCAAUCACAGCGCCUUCUUCUCAAUGGCCAAGCAAUUACCAGCGCUUGGAAUUUUUGGGUGAUUCCAUCCUCAAGUUUGUGGUCGCCUUACAUGCCUUUUCCAAAUAUCCUUUGUGGCAUGAAGGCUAUCUGUCAAAGUUCAAGGACCUGCUCAUCUCGAAUGAGAGGUUGACGUGCGCAGCGGCCAAUGCUCAUCUAGAAAGGUUUAUCUGUGCUGAUUUCAUCACACGAAAACACCCAGUCUUCUCACCGGUUGUGGAUCAAUUGCAGAAUAGGACACUUCCUAGAAAGGUUUUCGCGGAUGUGGUCGAAGCGCUCACAGCAGCAGCCUAUGAAUGUGGUGGAAUACCGCUCUCCCAGCAGCUUCUUGGCAUAUUUCUCCCGGAACUUUCUAACAUCUCAACCAAACUACAACGUACGCGAGACAAAGACCACACGUUUUUGGUCCACUUAGAAGAGAAAGUCGACCUACUGCUUGCCUUCAAAUUCCAGGACCGGGCCCUGAUUUGGGAAGCACUCACACACCCAUCAUGGCAAAGAGACAACACAACUGGGUCUUAUCAGCGGCUCGAAUUUCUGGGAGAUGCGAUUCUUGACUUUCUUGUUUCGAAGAAUCUGUACAAUCAGCAUCCCAAGCUUGCUGAAGGUCGAAUGACGGAGCUUCGAGCUGCUUUAGUCAACGCCGACUUCUUAGCAUUUCUCUGCAUGGAGCUCACCUUGACCGAGCCAUUUUGUUACAAGCCAAGUUCGAUACCAGAAGAUUGCGAACCGAGCACCCUGUCCAAAACUACUCCUUUGUGGAUGUUCAUGCGUCACGAUGCUCCAGAAUUAAUCAGGAUUCAGGCUUCAUGCAGCGAGCGGUAUCGAAGACUCGGCGAUAAGAUCAGAAGAAAUUUAGAAAAGGAGGUUUCAUAUCCUUGGGCCACGCUCGCUCAGUUGGCACCACCCAAGUUCUAUUCCGAUCUUAUUGAGAGUACUCUUGGAGCUAUCUAUAUAGAUAGCGGAGGUUGUAUAGAUGCAUGCGAGAAGUUCUUGGAAAGAAUGAAUCUGAUAGCUUAUCUUGAGCGUUUUGUGGGGCAGGCGGUACACCUCGAGCACCCCAAGAACGCUCUGGACCGCAUUCUUGGUACUCAGAGACCAGAUUUCCAAUUGGCACAAAAUGUUGACGGGCUUUACAAUAUCUCUGUCUGGCUAGAGGGUGCGAAGAUCGCAUCUAUCGACAAUUGUCUAACAAAAAGCGAGGGGGUUGUGCGAGGUGCCGAUGCGGCAUUAGCAUAUUUGUCAUAA